GCAUGCCAGUGCAUGUGGUCUCAUCGCGGUGUGUGGUUCGUCUUUUAUUUCUCUCUUCUUCUUUCUCUCUCUUUCUCCCUUUCUCUCUCUGUCUCUCUUUCUCUCUCUCUUUCUCUCUCUCUCUCUCUCUCUACUGUCUCUAAUUUGACAGAACGAUUUAGCGAAGAUUUAACUAACAUCGACGAACUUACGUUCAGUUAUUUAUCUUUACCUAACGUUCUAACGAACUAGAACGAGAAAAGUCUGGCGGUACCUGCAGAGAGAAACGUGAAACUUCGUUCUAAAGGACAUCAAAAUAUAGAAAGAGAGAGAUAAUCUACUCGGUUGGAGGGAAAUCUUUGGUAAAGAUAGGAGAUGUCUGCGGACGCUGAGCUUAGUAACAUUCUUAGCAGGAGGCAACGGAUCAACGAGGAUCUCGAUGAGGGUAAAGAAGUGAAGAAACAAUACAGAUUUGUUAACGUCUAUACCGAAUUCCAUGAACUCUCUCGCCGGGAGAUCAAACGAUACGAGCAAACCUUCAACAGAUUCGACGAUGGACACGAUGGUUAUCUCGAUCUAAAUGAAUUGAAACGCAUGAUGGAAGUUCUAGGAGCACCUCAAACUCAUCUUGGCUUGAAAGCAAUGAUACAUGAGGUUGACGAAGAUCGUGAUGGACGUAUAUCCUUCCGCGAAUUUCUCCUGAUUUACCGUAAGGCACAUGCUGGUGAAUUAGAGCAGGAUUCUGGGUUAGGACAACUGGCUCGUCUGACCGAAGUAGACGUGGAUGAGGUCGGUGUGUCCGGUGCCAAGAAUUUUUUUGAAGCUAAGAUCGAGCAGCUUCGUAAAUCUAGCAAAUUUGAGGACGAAAUUCGUAUGGAACAAGAAGAAAGGAAGCGCGAGGAAGCUGAGAAGGCAGCGAGACGCGCACAGUUUAGAGAAAAAGCUGCGAUUUUUAGUAAUAAUUAAAGGAAAAAGAAAACAAACAAACAAACAAAGAAAAAAAUAAGCAUAGGAUAGUAUGAAAAGUUAUUUUUGGAAAACUGAUUCAUACUUAGACGAGAGAUAGAUUUUAUACUUCACGAGAGGAUUUGUAUUUAAUUUGAUCAAAAGCACAAUAGAACGAUCAUAAUAAAGGAUCAUUGAAAGGAUUCCAAUAGAUUUUGCACCUUUGCGAUAAUAAAUAAUCUCUAGCUUGAUCGUGCAAAUAACGCACAUUUACUUUAAUCCUUUUUAAUCGGAGCUUUGUUGAAUGAUUUAUGAAUCUCUAUCGAUUUUGAUUUAUCGGUUAAACUGAAUAUCGAAGGACGAAUCUAAUGACUAUAUUAAUAUUUUAGACGAUGAUAAAUUCAUAUAUACAUACACAUAAUAUAUUGAUGAAAAGGACAAUUUAUUGUAACACUUCGAAUAGAAAGGAUUAAUAUAUAUAUUCGUAUCAAGAACAUCAAAGAUACUUGCAUGAUAAAAUCCUCUCCUUUUGUUUUAUAAAAGAAUAUGUUACAUUCAGUUCUUUUUUUUUUUUUUUUUUAUUCGUUACGUUUAUCUAUCCUUUAAGUUAUCUUAAUAAUUGUAGAAUUUCGUAUUGAGAAAAAAUAAUAUCUUUUUGGUAUUAAUUACGUUCGUCUUAUUCGAGUAAUUUUUUUGUCCAUUUAUAAAGUGAUCAUCGAUCAUAUUUUAUUUGUAAUGAAAUUAUGUUCUCUUUAUAUCGCGCCUUCUUUUUCUUCUUUCUUUCUCUUCUCAUUUUUGUUUAUUAUGAUGAUAUUAGCAUCUGAAGAAAAAGAAAUAUAGUCACUUGACAUGAAAUUACAAUAUAAGUGUUAAAUGGAGGGAGAAAAUUGCAACUAUUUUUUGCUCUAGUCAUGCAUUUAUCUUGAAGAGAUAUAUUUUUAAUACAAUUUCGUCUAGAUUUUUUAUGCUACACAGCUAUAAAAACUCCAUAGAAAUAGCAUAAGAAAAUUUUUAUAUUUUUUAAGAGUUUCUCUCCCCUUGAGAGUAAUGCGUGUCAUAGCCAUUUUAAAAUAUAUUACUCCAAUGGUUUUAUUACGUACUUACAUAAUGUAAAAAUAAUUAAUUAAGCAUUCUAUGUUAUUCAUUUGUAUGUAUAUAACAUCGAAAGUUGUGUUACAUCAUGUGAGAUACAUUAUUUUAGUACAUACUAUGUAAAUAGGAUAUUAGCCUUAUGCCAGUUCUUUCUUUUUCUUUUUUACUUAUUUUAUUAUAGAAAAAAAAAAAAAAAAAAAAAAAAAUAGAAAAAAAAAAGAUGAUUUAUUUUAUAGAAAAGAUACGUUAACGUUGUGAUAUGCAAGUUAUAUAUAUAUAUAUGUAUUGUACUUAAUUAGUGUAUGUUUCAAAUAAUGUAUAAACUGAAAUUUUAAACAAGCA